GUGAGUGGUAGGUUGCUCUUCAGAGAAAAGAAGUUAGCAAGCUCUGUGGAGCCCAUUAAGGCUGAUGUCUGCCAGACCGAGAUUGACCGAAAGUGUACUCAAAUUGAAAAGGAAGGCACAUGCAUGGGUUUUAGUCAAUAGAAGUCUAACACUCAGCUAUACCGCUCAAGCCAAAGCGGAAGGAGACAUUUGAUAAUUUCCCAACCUAAAAAAGGGGUCUGUCUAGGUUACCAUACUUUUUACUGAAAAGCUCCAACGACACAUAAAAACUUUUUUCUCUCUAAACAAAAACUUUUCUCUGAAACUGUACCAUGCCAAAAAACACUGAAACGUCAAAAUUACAACCAAAACAAUAAAUUAAUGCUAAGAAAAUGCUAAAUUCACCGGGAUUUGAUUUUGCCAAGCAUCUGGAUCAGAAUUUGUAUACUUAUUAUUUACAGGAGCAAAAUGCAAGAGACGGGAAUACGGAAGAGUCCCUCCAGGGUUGUGGGGAGCCUGGUGGGAAGGCAUGGCCUAUUACUGUGAAACGAAGCCUUGUGAGGAGGUUGUUGCCUAUUGUGGUACUUAUCGGUGGCCUUGAAAUUGUCACUGGGAUCGUCCUCCUCACGUUUGUCGCUUUUCACGUCACUGAAUACGAUAUGUUGUAUGCUACUGAGGAUUCGAAGCUGAUAAGUGUAAUGUCGUUUGGAGGUCUGAUCUCUCUGUCCUUAAGUGGCGCGAUGUUGUUAACUUCGAUUAUAUUAGAGAAAAGAAGGCUGCUGUGGAUUUAUAUCAUCAACUCUACGUUUCUCUGCGUUUACAUAUUUGUGCUGUCGGUGAUGAAGAUACACUUCGCUCUACUGGUUUUGGAAAGAGAUACAUACAAGAUUAUUCUACCGGAAAGCAGGCAGUUUCUUCUGAGCACAGCUUGCGUCGUGGGUAUUGUCACCAUGUUAGGAUCAGUGAUACAUUUCAUCGGUAACGUAACAGUAUUCACGUUUUACAACUUGAAGUACAUCCAGCCUAUCCUCUUCCAUAAUGAUCCGUGAUGUGCUUUGUUAAUGUAAAUAUAUUGUUUUAUUAGA